AUGCGUAUCCAGGCCAACCCUGGACCUGAGGUAUUAGCCAAAGCUACUCCAACGGCCCAUUUCCCCGAAGACGGAACCAGACGAGCAAAAGCUGUGUUUGCGGCCCCCUACGCUGGCGAACUCACGCUGAUACAACAGUCGAAAGGGAUCACCAUUGAGGGCUGUCUUACCGGGUUUCCGCCAAACACCGAACAUGGAUUCCACGUGCAUGAAUUUGGGCGCCUGGGCAAUGGUUGCUUAGAUGCGGGGGCGCAUUAUAACCCCCUAAACAUGCUGCAUGGGGGUAUCCAAACACCCGUGCGUCAUAUCGGUGAUCUGGGCAACCUCCAAAGUGACGCAAACGGACGUCUUUGUACUAACCAGUACUAUCCUGAGACAGAUCUGACGGGGAACUACACUAUCCUCGGGAGAUCACUGGUGAUCCACGAGGAUAAGGAUGAUCUGGGAACGGCGGGAACACCGGACAGUCAAGCAACCGGAUCGGCAGGAAAACGACUCACAUGUGCCAUCAUCGAACCGAUGUAA